AUUUUAGGGACAAAAAAAUCAAGGCACUUAAAUAAACAGACAUUCUCAAGAGAGAACAAGCUGGUAGUGGCCCUGUGCUUUUAAUGGUAUUCUUUGCCACACUUACUAUGAUAACACAAUGACUAUACUGUUUUUGGGCCUCCUGAUAGAUUCUGCUUUUCUUUAGACAAGGAAGAUGUCAACGAAAACUUACUUUUUUUGUUUUUAAAAAAAGUUACCUUUCAUUAAAAUUUGAGUCUUUUUCUCGUAAUUGCUGAAACAACAUCGCUUAAAGAAUUUAAAAAGAGUGGCGACAAUAUUCAGAAACAGUAUAUAGGUGUUACUUGAACCAAGAUAAAGCAGCUAGAGGCCUGGCUGCCCAUUCCUGCGGGUAACUAUAAAAGUAAUGUUUUGUUAGUUCUAUAAAUGAACAUGGUAGUUUCCAACUACGAACUCAACAAUACCAUGGAUGACGAUUUUUCCCAACUAUUUUGCACUGAAUCUCCAUUGAACCUGGGAAUCUGCCCUCCAGCCAUGAUGGGAAGAUCAUCAGAACAGCAUAAAUUUGAGCCUGCUAUAUUAUCUGGCAUCAUUUCUACUCAUCCUCCGGAAUCACCACCAUCAGCCCUUCAUGCAACCGAAAGUUACAUGGGUUUUGAUCAAAAUGAGCAUCGAGUCGGAAAUUCUCCAGCUUCGUGCUCACAAUUUCCCGCUUCUGAUUUACAUAUCGUAUUAUGUAAAUCUUCCGGGUAUAACUUUUUUACUGCCGAGCGAGCUGGCUCCUACUUUGACUUCAGGGACACCUUGCAAUCGCUUGGGAAAUCUCAGUUGGGCAUAGAUCAAUCCAAUUCUUCUUCAGAGAAAUCAAAUGAAAUUCCAUGCAACAAUAUGAGCAAGCUUUCCUCCCAUGACAAGAACAUGCUGCUGGCUGAUCAGAAUAUUACCUUAGUCAGGAGAGAACUUCCGGUUCCUUCUGAUUCAAAUCAGGCUCUUAAUGUUUGUCACAGUUCAUACACGCCAUCUCCCUCAAAAAAACAGCGAGUCAGAUGGACUCAAGAUCUUCACGAGAAGUUCGUCCAGAGCGUGAAUCUCCUUGGUGGCGCUGAGAAGGCAACACCUAAAGCAAUACUGAAGCUGAUGGACACAAAUCUAUUAACCAUAUUACAAGUGAAAAGUCAUUUACAGAACUAUCGAACUGCAAAGUACAUCCCGGAAUCUUCACAGGAAAAAUCUGAGAGAAAAAGCAGUGCAAAGGGCAUACCUGAUAUCCCCAUGCAAAUCAGCAGCAUGCAAAUGAAGGAGGCAUUACAACUGCAACUUGAUGUUGAGAGGCAUCUUCAUGAACAAUUAGAGCUUCAGCAAAAUUUACAGUCGCUGAUUGAAGAAGAAAGUAGGCAGCUCAAGAUGAUGUUUGACCAGCACCAGAAAGGAUACAAGAGCCCGUUCAAGACUCGGAACUCUCAAGUUUUGUCCCCAAAUGGCCAACAUACAAGUCCUGAAGAUGCUCAGUUUAGUAUUGGAGAAGUUUCUGGCGAUACUCACUUCACUUCCUAGAUAGUGCAGAGCGCCCCCCCGCCCCAUGCAGCCAAGUAGCCCUCGAUGAAAUGCGACAUAGACCUCGGAUGAUUAAUCAUUGUUUUGUACCAAACAUGCAAAUCACAAUGAUUUAUCUUGCAAUGCUUUCAUCUUAUUUUGUGUGAUUGAAUAAAGCUGUGAAUGGUUCCAUUGUUGUUAGAGACUUAUCCACAGCAACAACCAGCAGCUCCUUAUCCACUGCAACAACCGGAUCACAAAGCAGUUACAUGAAGACCAGUUCAAAUAUUUCCCUGGAUUGUUGAUACGUUUGUUUAGAUAUGUGAUUAUUUUAAAUUCAAAUGUAUUCCUCUGUUUUAAUCAUUCCAUGAUUCAAAUUGUAACAGAAUAUAUUUUUCAUCAUUAUAAAUAUAUGCCUAUACCUGCGUUUAAGGUAAGGCAA